UUUACACGACGACUUCGUUUUGGGGUUUGCGAUGGAAACGUUGCUGGAGGUGCGCGUGUCCACGCAAGGGCCUCCUCAACUCCGGAGGCCACUUGCUCCGUGCCCAACAAUGGGCACCACCCCUCUACCUGCACACCCCCCCCCCCACCACCACCCCGAUGUGAACGAGAGGUCUCCGACGUGACACUUCAAAGCAGAGAAUGAAUGCUCUCUCAAUCAUUAAAGGUCCGCAUUAAUUUGACGGCGGUGUCUCGGUUGGUGAUUCACUCCCGCCAAUGGGAGGCGUUAAUGAGCUCCCCGUGUGCGUUGGCGUGGGUGGUGUGGCCCAUAGGUCUCUCUCUCUCUCUGUUCGUCUCUCGCCGCAAGUCGCCCGCCCGACAAAUUUACCUGCACGCAAGCCGCGACGCGACACGAGCACCGAUGGCUCUUCUAGACGAGAUCCGCAGCGCGUCCCUCUGGCGCGCCGCGCUCGCCGAGGCCGUGGGCACUUUCCUCCUCGUCCUCGCCGUGCUCGGCGCGGCCUGGCCCGGCACGGCGGGAGAAGGGCCCGCCACCGACGCCGCUUGCGGCUGCGGCUGCGUCGGUGGCGCGGCGGGCUCCCUGCCCGUGGCUCUGAGCGCCGCCUUCUCGUGCGCGGCGCUGUCCCACAGCCUGGGACCGACAAGCGGCGCGCAGUUCAACCCCGCCGUCACAGUGGCCCUGCUGUGCACGCGCCGCCUCGGCGCUCUGCCCUCGGUGGCCUACGUGUUGGCACAGUGCCUGGGCGCGGUCGUGGCGGCCGGAGUCGUUGCCCUGCUGCUGCCGGAACGGUCCGGCAGAAAGUACUUGGUCACGUCGAUUGGCAGCGAGGGCAACGCGGGGCAGGCGCUGGCGGCCGAGCUCCUCUGCAGCUUCCAGCUGGUGCUGAGCGCCCUCGCUGGGGAGGAGCACCGCGUGCGCCGCUCCGGGGAGGCGGGGCCGCUGCCGGUCGGGCUGGCACUGGGCGCCGGCAUCCUCGCCUCGGAGAAGUUCUCUGGGGGCAGCCUCAAUCCAGCACGGUCGUUUGGACCUGCACUCGUGUGCGGAUUAUGGAAACACCACUGGGUCUACUGGAUGGGGCCCCUGCUGGGCGGCCUCCUGGCCGCCGCCGCUCACGACCUCGUCUUCUCGUCGGCCGCGAACCGCGACCGCCUCGUCGCGUGCGCCACGUGCCGCGACAUCGAGAUCACGGAGGCGCGCAGCGCGUCCCGCUCGUCGCUGGCGCCGCUGCCCGGCGUGGCCGCCGCGCCCGCCCUCCCCAAGCGCCACUCCAAAGUGUCCGCCGUGAAGCCCGAGGCGGAGGGAUGAGUCCGUGGGGAGGGCUCGCCGAUGGCCGUUAUGUGAUUAUUAUUAUUAUUAUUGUUAUUCGUCUCCUUCGUCAAGUUCGCUGCCCCGUGGGGGUUUUCUUCGCUGUGUGUGUGUUUUUUUUUUCCUCCGGUAUCCUUCGCCAAAGCUCAGAGGUCGGUAACCAAAAUCACAAGGAAAGCCAUUUUUUUUGUUCGAAUUCGGUAAAAAUGAAAAAACUCAAUAUUUCAAGAGCUCCAAUGUGUGUGUGGCAUGUGCGUCACGUGCCACGACAUCGGGACCGUGGAGGUGCACAGCUUGUCCGGAGCCGCCGUGCCCGCGCUACCCGUGGUCGUGUGGAUUAUCCUCCGUUUUUUCCCGUCACAUUUAGAAACCCCAUGCGUUUACAGUAUUUGGCUGCUAUAAAUUUCCAACGUGAUGAGCCGCUUCGUUGAGCUGUCAUUUGUGGCCAGGACGCUUCUGAAAAAAUGUUAUAUAGCUCAGUGGUAAAAUAAAAAAAAAAUGUUUAUUUUGUUGUGUGAAUCGAGGAGGGCCUGAUUGGCUGUCUGUAGCAUGGUUUGGGGAGCAUACGAUUAUACCCAUGACGGUGCUGUUAUAACCAGGGCACUUCUAAACUCCAGUGUUGGUGGACAUCUGCCUCCUGUGCUCACAACCCGUGCACGCUCCUCCGCCACCGAUGAGCGAAUGCUUUUUUUGAGGAGGGAACGAGUUGGGCAGAGAGUGGCGUUUAUCCUGUAACACGACUUUUUGCAAGGAAAGGGGCUUGUCGUUCGUAUUCUUUAUUUCAGUCAUCGCACGGCGGCUAACGAUGAGGCCGGACCAACUUCUUCAGCGCCUUUAUUUCCCCCCGGUCGUGGCAAUCGUUUUUUCCUGCUGGCCCAUUUGGUUUAUUUCUCUCAAGUCGAGCCUGCAAACAUGAUGCCUUGAAUAAAGGUGUCAGUUUUUUGUGCCAGUUAAAAGGGUAAAACCUAUUGCUAUAAGUCGGGCCUCUUUUAGACCGUCAAUCCACCCCUGGCGUGGACAGCCCCUUCUUUCUGUCCCCUCCCCCACCCCCUCCACGUGGCAAUGCAAAGCCACGGAUGGCCAUCCAUUGGUCUCCAUUCCCUGAUAGGUGCCCGCUACGGUUCAUGUGUUGAAACUCCCCAAACCCGCUGCGCUGCAUGGUGGCCAGCAGACGGCAGUAUACCAAGCGGGUCUGUACAUCUUCUGGCGCGGCAGACCUUUCGAGCGUGAGCAAAAAGUUCGCUCCCAAUUGCAAAACACUUUGUGAAAACAAUUUUGGCCUAACGUGCUAGCAGAAGAUCCUGGUUAAACAAAAAACAUUCAAGAGACUUCCCAGGAGAAAUAACGAUUCAAAGUGCAGCGCUACAAUUGCUCGCUGCUUCGUGAAUGUAUUUAUUUUAUUUAGGAUCGUCUCGCAUUGAGGGGGUUUUUUUCCGGAUUUGAAAAAAAAUGGCUUUUCUCAUUAUUGUGGUUGGCCACCCCUUGCAUUAGCAUAUAAAUCAAUGGAAUAUUUAUUAUAUUUUUAGAGAUUAAAUACUGCGAAAUGAAUUCGAAAAAUUAAUUUAAUAUAAUUUGUGCGGUCAAGAGUGACUGGGCUGACACCAUCAACUCCCUACAUUUGAGAACCUGGUUUAAUCACACGUGACUGUUUGGAUGCUAACCCUGGAUCUCAGUAGCUCUGACUCAGUGGCUCUGAACCUUCAACCACACGGCCACCAUCGUAGUUUAUGAGCGCCCAUGUGGUCAACCUGCAUCACGCCUCCCGUGUCAGCUAGCUAACGACACUCAAAGCCAAUAGAUAGAUGCUCCUCCGUGAUUCACAUUUGAUUUGGAUGCCACGUGGCUGUGAUUGUGUGCCAACAUUGUUGUCGUGAACCCUUCACCCCCCGACAGCGUUGUCACGUUUGCAAAGAUAUGAUUCAUACGAUGCCCAUGUGCCGUUCAAAUUCUCACCAAUAAAGCUCCACCCUCACUGACGACUUGAGACUUGUCACGCAUGAAUUCAAGGCACGACGGCGUUUUGCUCCAUUCGCGGACUCGGGAGGCGCGAGCGAGGCUGCUUAAUGAGCUGACCCUGGGCUUUGGAAGUGCAGUCGCUACUUCCACAGCCAAUGUUCGCAUGACCUUCGGGCCUUGCCACCUGCGCCAAUAUCAAGGACUUGUUCUACUAAGUUUCAAGUUCAUUCUGCGUUUCACCAGGUUGAGAACUCAAAAUACCAAUAUGAGUCUCGUUUGUAAGUGUUCGGGGGGGGGGCAUUAGUCUGCUGAUAGGGGGACGAUAAUUGCUGCAGUGUGUAUGCAGUAAUCCCGAUUGAUGAAUUUGCAGUGUCAUUUUUUUAUUUGGCAAAUUCGGACUAUCACUGUUUCCAACCGUCCAUCAUGUGCGCAACAUCCUGCUAUCACGCUCCUCAACUUUGGAAACUCACUCUCAUCGAUCUCUGUCCACGGGAUUUUUGGUUGUAUAAACUGAGUUCACUUCAAGGAAAGCGUUCCCUCCUUGCCCGAUGGACUAUCACCAUUGCUCUCUUGUUUGCUGGCCACAUUGCGACUGCGAGAAGGAAGCUGUCCAAAGAGGAAGCCUUGGGGGUCAAUGUUGAGAGAUCACCGUGGCUAAAACCUCCGAUGCCUUCCAACCUCCCCGUCGCUGUCUCCCUCCUACUGGACCCCUUUGUUACUGAGUGGCCGUGCGUGCGUGAGACUAGGUGGCGAGCGGUGGCGCAGUGGUUAGCGCACUACACGAUAUACGAACCCGGCCGACCUGAGUUCCAUUCCUCGUUCACGGCUAAGAUCGGUGACGGUUAUCUGAACCGAUCCUAGCGGCCUCCACUACGGUCGACUCAGCCUCAAACGAGU